UGUGCAAUGGCCCCUCCCGGGACGGCAGUGCCGGGCUGGCGUGAUGCUAUAUAAGCCGGGGCAGCUCGGUGCUGGGCAACCUGGCCCCGCAGCACCAUGAAAUCAGGCCACCUCCUCCUGGGGCUCCUCGCCCUCUGGGCUGACCUGACACCUGCCUCUGGGCAGCUCCGUGAAGCUAACGACAUCUGCAAUCUCCCUGCGGAUCCCGGCCCAUGUUUAGCCUACAUGCCCAGAUACUUCUACAACUCGGCCACCAAGAGGUGCGAGGAGUUCAUUUACGGCGGCUGCCAGGGCAAUGCAAACAGGUUUUCCAGUAUGGACGAAUGUCUCAAGACCUGUGGAAGCUCAGAGAUCUGCAAGCUCCCUAUGGAACCCGGCCCAUGUUUUACCUACGUGCCCAGCUACUUCUACAACUCGGUCACCAAGAGGUGCGAGGAGUUCAUUUACGGCGGCUGCCAGGGCAAUGCAAACAGGUUUCCCAAUAUGGACGAAUGUCUCAAGACCUGUGGAAGCUCAGAUGUAAAUAUCUGCCAGCUCCCUGUGCAGCCCGGCCCGUGUCAGGCCUACACGACCCAGUACUUCUACAACUCGGCCACCAAGAAGUGUGAGGAGUUCAGGUACGGCGGCUGCCAGGGCAACGAGAACAGGUUUGCCACCAAAGACGAAUGUUUCCAGACAUGUGGACGCCCAGUUCAAGAGGUUUGCAAGCUCCCUGUGGAUGCCGGCUCAUGUUUUUCCUACAUGACCCGCUACUUCUACAACUCGGUCACCGACAGCUGUGAGGAGUUUGUUUAUGGCGGCUGCGAGGGCAAUGGGAACAGGUUUGCCAGUAAAAAUGAAUGUCUCAAGGCCUGUGGCAGCCCAGAUACAAAUAUCUGCCAGCUCCCUAUGCAGCCUGGCCCAUGUCAGGCCUACGUGUCCCGCUACUUCUACAACUUGGUCACCAAGAAAUGUGAGAAGUUCAGGUACGGCGGCUGCCAGGGCAAUUGGAAUAGGUUUGCCACCAAAGAUGAAUGUCUCGAGACCUGUGUGCGACCCGGUAAGAGAGUGAGAGAAGCUCGGCUAGUUGGGUCGGGAGCUGCCAGAUAAUCGAGAUGUUAAUGCAAAGGUGUUGGGGCCGCAGGGGUUGAUUACCACUAUAAGGAUUGAUUAGCUGCAUCACAGCAGUGCCUGCACAGACCAGGGCCUCGUUGUGCUAGGGGCUGUACAGAGGAGGCUAGGGAGUUAAUGACAAGAACAAUCCUGCAGAACACGUCUAUAGUCUUUCCCCCAGGACCGCAGACCUGCUGGCCUGGCUCAGACGAGUCAUGCUCGUCUCUGGCACUGCUGGGGUGGGGGCUUACGGAUCAGGAGUGAGUCCCAGUCUCAGACUCAUUGCUUGAGAAACGGCAAUGCUGGGCAUUUCCUCGUUAACCCCUGAGAGCGCCCAGGAGCCCAGCUUUGCCUUUGGCUCAGAGAUUCCAUACACAGCAAAACUAGACUGUCCGAACCUAAUCCCGAAUGCAGCUAUGCCCUGGGAUGAGCCCGGCCCCUCGCUUACUGGGCACUGGCAGGCGUAACUGCAGGCCUUUCACCUUUCACUUCGCUGCCCUGCUCCCCACCCUCUGGGUCCUCCCCCUGUCUGACCGACUGCCCCUUCUUCCACACUGAAGACAGGAAUGACAGAGAGACUGCAGGCCCUGUGGGGGCAGGGGACACAGUACUGCCAACUCCAAAUGUUCAAAAACCAGGAGUCAGGCUCACCAAAAAUCAUGAGAUUGGCUUUAAAACCAUGUGAUGAUGUGAAUGUAGUAGAUGCGGUGAUCUUUUUAUUUGCCUUCUGCCUUUUGAGCCUGUAGAGUGCACUGGACUCACAUUUUGUAGCUCUCCUCACAGUCACAAGGGCUAGAAAUGUACUUUUUCUUUAAAAAUG